CCGGAUUUCGGGUGACCCAUUUUUCACGGGUUAUCAUAACCCAUGCCUCAACUUAUAUAUGGAUCACGAUUCAUGUCCCGGACGCCAAAGAACGGGAGACGCUGACAGAGCGUAUAGCUCUUGCCGUUUCCCGCUUCCAUUAUUUUCUUCAUAAGCUACUGCUCCCGGCACUCUUUCUCUCUCGCUCGCUCGCUCGCUCGCUCUCUCUACGCGGAGUCUAUGUUCCCGUUGUGCGAGAGACAGAAUAUGCGCUAUAAGAACCGUAAGCGUGAAACCCUAGAUUCGGAGGAAGAUAAACUCGGCAAUAAUCACAAUCCCGCUUCUUACUUUGAUAUCUACGGACCAAAAGCUAAAGCAGAUGUUGUCUUCAAAGCCCCAGAAGCCGAUUCAACUUUGAAUUUUCAGGACAUUCAAGGACUUGUAACUUGGGUGCUUGCUGAAGGAUACAUGCCAUCAUGGGUGUUCAUUAAGAACAAGCCGCUGAUUCGAAAAGUUGUAAUGCUUUACAUUCCAGGCCUUGAUGCAGCGUUGUAUUUGUCACAGUCUAAACUACUUACCAGUUUCAAGGAAUGUUGUGGCAUUCCCCGGGCAGUUUUAGCUCUAAGCUGUGUGUCAGAUGGGAUGCAGACAAUAGAUGCACUUCUAACAUGCAAACUGAAAAGAAAAAGGGGGGUAAAUGAGUCAGUUCCAAGGAAAUCUGAUGAGUCAUCCGAUCAAGGACUUUGUGCUUCUGGUUCAGAUAAUUCAUCCUUCAAGGAAUUUAUGAAAGACUUACCUUUCCCUAUUACGUAUUAUACACUUACAGCAGCAGAACUGGAGCACAAUGGAUAUUGUCUCAAUCAACCUGGUUUUUUUUCAACUCUUCCUGCUCCCCUGGGAUCUUGCCCUUACGAAAUUUUGGCGCUUGAUUGUGAGAUGUGCGUCACAAGUGAGGGGUUCGAGCUCACAAGAGUGACCUUAGCAGACAUCAAAGGACAGGUUGUGCUGGAUAAAUUGGUUAAGCCAUCAAAUGCUAUCAUUGAUUACAAUACUAGGUAUAGUGGCAUCACCUGUGAAAUGUUGAGUGGGGUAACGACGACUCUUAAAGAUAUUCAGGAGGAGUUUCUAAAGCUGGUUUACAGAGAGACCAUUCUAGUUGGGCAUUCAUUGGAGAAUGACUUGUUAGCAUUGAAGAUUUCUCACAAUUUAGUGAUUGAUACUGCUGUACUCUACAAGCACCCUCGUGGUGCAUCUCACAAAACUGCUCUUCGAGUGCUCACCAGAAAAUUUCUUUCUCGGGAGAUACAGGAAUCUGGAAAGGGGCAUGACAGUGUCGAAGAUGCAAGAGCUGCUAUGGAACUGGCACUAUUAAAGAUUAAGCAUGGACCCGAAUUUGGUUCACCUCCAUCAUUCAUGCGGAAGAAGCUCCCUACACUUUUAAGUGAGUCUGGGAAAAUUUCCUCAUUUAUUGAUGAUGUCUCCAUAGUAAAGCGAUUUGCUUCUGAGUCAUCACAUGCAUUUCCGGUAUCUUCCGAUGAUGAAGCUCUGUCAAAGGCCAAAAGGGAGGUAACAAAUGAAAAGGUACAUUUUAUCUGGGCACAAUUCUCAGAAUUGAAUUCAUAUUUCAAGAAACAAGCAGGGGACAAGGAGAAAUUAAAUGGAAAGCUUGCAGAAAUGAUGUCAUUGCUCACGUGUCAUAAGAAAAUUGCUUCAAGAAAAGGCAUUAAAUAUAGCGCGACUUCCGAACUGAAGGAUAUUCUAGCUAGCAUGGAUGCCAGAGUUAGAAGUCUCUACAGCUCGUUACCUGCCAAUGCCAUGCUUCUUGUUUGUACUGGUCAUGGAGAUACUGCAUUGGUUCAUAGGUAUAUCUUGCUAUGCCUGAAAUAUAUUUUUGCUAAAGCAUGCCCUGGUGUUCUUACAUUGUCAGAGGAAAUUGCCCACAAUUAUGUAAAUUGGCUGAAAAGGAUUCUGACCAUACCUAGUGGGACUUAAGGCUUGGUUUGUUGUUAUUGUAGCAUGCUCCCAGUAGCACUCUGUUAUGAUUACCAUUUCCACAAUUACUUCACUUAAUGAGGCCAAUAUUUCCCGAGCAUAUUUGUUAUGUCUUGAUGAAUAAUAUUGAAUCGAACAUGCAAUUAAAUCUUAGUGUCAAAUUCAACAAUCUGAUUCAACUGACUCACUAAAAUCUCGAAAGUAAUUUUGGAUGCGGCUCAGGUUGGUGAUUAAAUGCUUGCCCAUUUGUUUGGGAAUUUGGGAUUCCAACUUUAAAUUUGGAUUUGUAUAAUUUUAGAUAAAAAGCAGUAAAAAUGUUAGUUUUCGUCCAAAUUCAUAUAAAUCUAAAUCUAAGGUAUGAAAUCUAUGUUUCCAGACAUGAGUUUAAUCAAUCAAAGGUGAGUCGUCCAAAAGUAAGUUUUUUGUUUCACUUGAAUUGGUUCCUGUUUUUCUGCCUUAUCAGUUUUGUUUCUAGUUUUGUAUUUUUAUGUAUUUCAAUGUUGAUGCUUGUUUUCUUUUCCAUUUUGCAUGGAUGGAGAUUGAGGAAAAUGUUAAUGGAGCCGAUUGAAACCACACUGUGCCGAGAGAAACUUGUCAAGGUCUUGGAAGAGCUCCAGGCCCAAGCUGAGGUAGCUUUGUGUUUCGUUAGUGUGAAACAUUGAGCAUGCAUGAUGAUCAGGCCAGCUAGUAGGCUCAAUUUUUUCUUUUGUUAUUUAUCAGACCUUGGAAUUGGCCAAUGUGAAAUCUAUCGAAUCUCCAUCACCACCCCCCCUCCCAAUCCUGAGUUAUGUUGCCUUGAUCUUAUGGCGAGUUCAUAUACAGUUACCAUGCCCUCACAAUUUUGAUGUAAAAUACAGGUAUAGUCAAGAAAGGAAAAAUUAAAAAUGUAAAAUUAUUUGUAGAAAUGAUGAUUGGAAGCUUUGUAUUUUGAAGUGAGCAAAACUACCAUGCUGAUUUUUUUUUUUUUAUUCUAAAUGAAAAGUUUUAGUUAUGCCCA